AUGUACGCGUCAGUGCACGAGACAAUUUAUGCGACCGGUGCUGACGCGCCAUCCACCGGCGACACCCCCGCAUCCUCUUGGACGUCGUCUGGUUGCCUCUCGCCUGUCUACACCUCGACCACAACCACCGCGACAGGCGGCGUAGCCACCUCAUCUUUCCUUUCCUCAUUCCGAGGGCUGCCAUCCCUGCGCGCCCGCUGGGCUGUGCGGCGACGAGGAUUACGUCAGGUUGCUGUUCCCCCGACCACCCCAGCAGCAGCACCCCCGCAAUCGUCCGAAAGGUGUUAUCGGUGCGACAUAUGCGACGGUCUGCAGGGCCGCGCAGAGGCGAGCAACAGCGCGCUGGCAACUUCUGGCGGUUCCGUUAGUGCUGGUAUCAAAACGACAGCGCACCCAACCACAGCAACCACCACGUUGUCAGCUGAGUGGAAUGAAGAGGACGAGGCUGGGGAGACUACUGGUGUCACGGCGGAUUCGCCUGACAGCAGCAUGGACGAGCGCUACGGUUACACCAUCUCCACCGACAUCGCCAACACUGCCAUGGAGGACGCCGACGUGGCGGAGCUGCGCCACCUGGACCCUUUCCAUGUCGAGGUCUUUGGAAGACCGUUAUCGUCGGCGCUCAUAAAGCGAAUCGUACGGGAAGUGCAGGCACAACUCACCCGAUGCGGCCUGCGCAAGCGAGACGCCUCGCGGUACGCUGCUCAGGCAGCCCUCAACAGCGAGAUGAGUCUCCAGACGUACAAACUGUGGGUGCGUCAAGAGUCGCAUCGCAUUCGUGAGAGACGGCGGCGGCUCACAACGCCUGCCGCUGCCAUUGAACCUCCUUCAUCGAAGUCUCAGCUCACGGUUGCAUCGUCCGCGGUGAUUAUCAAGGGCAAAUUGGACGCGCUCGACACCGCCUCCUACCUCGCUCGCUAUGCAAUUGCCGCCUACGGGUUGCCCUUUGAGCUUAACUACUUUUCUAGUCUGCGUGAGCUGGCGAAGCUCAUGGCAGAGCCCCACCGGCGCUACGUCUGCGCCAACUCUGAGGAGCAACUGGAGUCAAUGCGCCGCAUGUUGCAGGGCGAGGAGCCAGAUGCGCUGCUCGAGUGCGUGGCAAGUCGCUACUCGCUCCGCAUAGGUCAAGCUUGCUGGUCAGUCUUUCUAGACCAUGCUGCGCACCGUGUCGUGCUCACUUUCCGCGGCUCUCUGACACUGGCAGACAUCGUGGUCGAUGUGACAGAGGGCUACGCCAACGUUGUGCUGGAGCGCACCCCUUUGGAUGGUGCGGUGGCGGCCACUGGCACAGACGCGUCGCAGCGACUGUGCACCGCAAUCCCGCUUGGUUUUUACGAGUCGGUCGUCGAGGCGGGCGCUCAGCUCCUCCCUGUCCUGCGUACGAUCCACACCCAGUACAGCGAUUACGAGCUCUGCAUCACUGGACAUUCUCUGGGCGGCAUCCAGGCCUCUCUCUUUCACCUCCUCUACUGUGGGCCGUGGCGUGCGACGCUGCACUCGUCAACGACGCUGCUGCGCCGAGCAAAAGCGCUCACGUGUCCCUCUUUGUUGCCUUCGGCCCCACCUUCUCCCUCUGCAGCGAUCUUGUCUGGCAACAUCGAAACCACAAAGGCCAGCACUGCCGCGCACGUGCCCUUUACCAAAAUAGUUACUUGCACGUUUGGUGCUGCCCCGGUCGUGGAGCGGCGCGUCGUGCCGCUGCUGAAUGCGUGGCUGCGCCAGGAGGAGCACCGAUCUGGAAGUCGUCUCGUGACCUUUAGCAACGGCAUGGACGUCAUUUGCAGGCUGCAGUUGCGGUCGCUUCAGGACGUCUUUGUGCGGCAGUACGCGCGGCCGACGGAGGAGAGCUUGUUUGCCGGCGACAAGGCUGCUGGUGAUGACACCGGCGCUGCGACGGCAGCGCCGGUGUCAGACAAGUCAGUGCCUCUCCUCGCGAUUCCUGGGUUGUUGUACAACAUGACGUCGGGGACGCGCCGGCGCCAUCUCCUUGCUGUUCCGCUCACUGCCACUGCAGUGCGAGAGCAGGUGAUCCUUAUUCCCGAAGCGGUCUUGCACCACUAUCCCUCGCUCUACUUGCGCAGUCUUAACGACCUGCUGCGUCGGUAUGGUGCUAAGUGGCAGUCUAUGUACGAGGCCGCCGCGACAACGCCGACUGCAACGGCAACAGCAGCCGCUGCAGCAGUGCCAACAGACCACUCCUUACAGGGGAGCCAGGGCGAGUGA